UUCCGGUUUUCUCCUCGCCUGUGGUUCCCAGCAGGUCGAGCGCCCCGCCCCUGUCGCCGCCGCCGCCGCCGUUCUACUUGGCUACCACCACGGAAACGCUCGUUCCUUCUCCUGCCUCUUCCAUAUCUGCCAUACGGGAGCUCCUUCAACCCUCCCCCUCUACUGGAUAUCCAUCCGGACUUAAGUAGGAACAAUUUGUUGAAGUUCAGAAGAUGCUAUUUUUAUGACUGAAUAGUUUGGAUAUGGGAAGAAGCCACAGCCAUCUUUGGCCACUUGCCAAAGGGUCGGUAGCGGGGGCUUUGAUCGGUUUCACCAUCUCUGAUCGUUACCUAACUGUAGUCCCGACGAAGGGAGAAUCGAUGCAUCCUACCUUUACGGCCUCCGAUAGCGCCUUGCGAGGCGAUGUUGUGUUAGCGGAAAGGGGCUGCCUUCAGACGUACAAAUUCUCACGUGGCGAUGUCGUUUUAUUCAAGUGCCCUCGUAAUCAUACAGAAUUGUUUGUGAAGAGACUGAUUGCCCUACCUGGUGAGUGGAUACGGCUCCCAGCGUCUUCCGAGAUAAUUAAGAUACCGGAGGGGCAUUGCUGGGUUGAAGGUGAUAAUGCUGCCCGAAGUUGGGAUUCCAGGUCGUUUGGACCAAUCCCUUUAGGUCUAAUUACAGGGAGAGUGACCCACAUCAUCUGGCCGCCAUCAAAGAUGGGCCGACUGGAGCGAAAGUGGCCUGAAAGUAGAACUUCACCGUUUUGAUUCAACUCCUUGCUGGAUGCUUAAGAGUUGUUCAAGUUUUGUUGACAUCUGUAGCCAAAAUUAUUUUGCAUUCAAUUAUUUGUUCUCCAUAAGCCCAUUAAAAUUGGCACUGAACAUGGAGAUCCGGUUUGUUGCAGUAUUAUGAUUUCAUCAACUGUUGUAACUUGCUGUAGUGGAUGUUGUUUUAGCUUCA